AUGGUUGUUGCUCUCAAGAAGGCUUCCGCGAAGAAGGCCGGCGCGAAGAGGGUCGCUUCCAAGGCUGCUCGCUCGAAGAGGGUGACAAAGAAGGCCGCGCCGAAGAAGAAGGCGGCGAAGAGGGUGGCAAAGAAGGCCGCGCCGAAGAAGAAGGCGGGCGCAAAGAAGGCCGUUGCCAAGAAGUAG